AUGGCCCGCGGAAAGGGCAAGGCGAGAGCCAAGCCCGAGUCGCCUCGUAAAAGCACUCCCAGGGCUCCCAAGGCUUCUCCCAAGGCCAAGAACAAGGCGAGCACCAAGGCGAGCUCGACGGCCACCGGCUCGCGCAGCAUCGGUGAUGGUGACGUCUCAAUGUCCGACAUCCGCUCCACGAACCAGUCGCCCGGUGGUGAGGGUGGCGACGCGUCUGGGUCGGGGUCGAGUGGCGACGCCAACGCCUCCAUCAGUGCCAUCGUUGCCGACUCGACCGCAGCCACGACUGGCAGCACCUCGAAUGAUGGAGAGCUCAGCGCAACGCUGAGCGCUAGCACUGCUCAAGACACCUCCCCCUCUGCCACGCAGGACGCGCCCGACGCGUCCUCGACCCCCUCGCAGGCUGGUGGGACGCGUACCCGCAAGCGCCGCGCUACUGCCUCUGCCUUUAGCCAGCAGGAGCCCACCUCGUCCUCAGCGAGGCGCGCCACGCGUCGCGCGACCGACUCUUCCGCCGCCGCCGAGGACAAGACCGGCAGCAAAACCGCCACGCCUACCAAGACUCCCAAGAGGAACAAGAAGGCCCGGACCACGCGCGGUCCCUCGGACGCGCACGUCCUCUUCGGCCCCUCGCGCCCUUUGCCCUCGGAGGCAGGUCCCUCGACUGCCGCGCAGGAAGUGAUCGACCUGGCCGACUCCGACGAGAUCGACGAGAACGACGAGAUCAGGGAUGAGGACCACUGGCCCCGCGUCCCGGAGCGUCUCCGCGGCAUCCUCACCCCCGGCACUGAGGAUCCGUUCAUCACCACGCCUCCCCCCGAGAACGGCCGGCACGCACUCGCCAACUUGCUCAAUCCCGAGCCUGGGGCUGGCUUCAACAUCGGCGCCGACCCUGGACCCAGCAAUGGUGAGCCCAGCAGCUUGACGCGCACCAGCCGCCGUCGUGAGCGCCGUCGUCACUCCAGCAACACCAACAACGCCGAGGACACCGAGGACAAGGACGACGCCAGCGUCUACUGGCACCGCAGGCUGCCCUCGCCUAUUCCCGCCGGACCUCCGGGUCUGCCACGGCCCCGCCUGCCCCGCCCCACCCGAACUCUCGGAACGGGUUCGAGUUCCGCCCCCGCGCCACGCCGCUUCUGGACGCAUGGACCGGGCUAUCCGCACGAGUACGCUCAUGAUCGGUACAAUCUGCAUGCCGGCCCGCCGGGGCUGGGCGCUGCUGGUCCCGGACCUAGCACGGCUCGUAAUGUUGCUCGCUUCGCUACUGGUCAUGGCUCCACUCAGACUUUCGCUGGUCCUACUGGCCCCUCUGCCUUCGCUGACCCCUCUCGCCCCCCUGGCCCUCCGCCACCCGCUUUCCCGCCCAACAUGCACACCGGCCCUGCCGCCAUUGGCCACGGUCAUCACCAUCAUGCACCUCUCCAGCGCCGCUUCGCGGACGACUUUGGCGCGCCCUUUGGCGGCAUCAUGGCGCCUCCUGGUGGGGGUGGGUUCGGCGGGUUCGGCGACGGAUACGCCGCCGCUCCGGGCGUGCAGCCCCAGCUCAACGAGAGGCAGGGACAGGGGUUCACCGGUCUCGCGUCCCCGAUGCACAUGAUUGAGCGCCGUGGCCAGAUUACCAAUAUCCCGCCCCCGCCUCCGCCUCCGUAUCAGCCUCUGCCCCCGAUGCGCGCGGGACCGUCUUGGGUCUCCACUCCUCCCUCGACUGCGUCCGUGACUGAGUCGGCCGUACCCCCCGGAAUGGAGAUUGUGGAGGUCGAGAUUGUCGAGGUCGAGGAGGACGAGCUUGCGUCGGAGUCUGAGUCGGACACGGAGAUGAGCGAAGAUGAGGGCGACGACCACGACCACGACGACAACGACAACGACCCGCCGCCUGGCGCUGGUCCCAGCUCUGGGGGUGCUACUGGUGGUGCGACCGGUGGCAGUGGCGGUGGAAACUCGGGUAACUCUGGAAACUUUGGAUGGGGCAGGCACUCCUACACCUCGAGCGAGGACGGUCACUCUGACUACGACAGCGGCGGCAGCGCGGGUGGUAACAACGACACCGUGAAAGCCGAACCUGCUCCUAUGUCGUCCCCCACGUCUCCUGCGGCCAUCCCCGCCUCUGAUGAGCCCAAGUCCUCCGCCGCCACCAAGGCUGCCUCCGACACCAACACGGUCUCUGAGCUGUCCGACUAUCUCCUCCCAAGGACCAAGUCUGAGUCCUGUUCCGGCCCCGACCUCGAGAGUGAGACUGAGGAGGAGCCCAGGACCAAGCCCAAGCCUCUCCAUCCCCGGGAGAAGUACCUCGCGCUCAUGAACGCGCACCCCCUGCCGGACAACGCCCCCGAACCACUCAAGUACCGCUACCAGCUCUGGCUGGACGCGCAGUCUCAAACUUGCCGUCCCGUUGCUCGCUCGGCGCCUCACUUCCUCAGCGCCGCGACUUCCGCUUCUAUCUCCGUCACUACGACCACCACCGCCCCCGCCGAUGCGAGAGAGGACGAGAGCGACGACCAAAAGGCCGAGGCCCUGAACGAUGCAGUGGUGGACGCAGUCAUGAAGCGCACCCCCUUCACGCUGGGGAUGGAGGCGCAGCUGCUCGCGACCCUCGCGGAUCUGCCCAAGUUUACCGAGAUGCCGAGCGACACCGAACUCGCGGCGGCCAUCAUGCACAAAGGCAUUGUGGCCCGGCGGCGUUCGGCGCGGAUUCGUGCGCGCGACGCGCUCCAGGCCGAGAAGGCGGCUGAGCAGCUCCUCACCCUCCAGGUCCCACAUGGCGCGCAGGGGCUUCUGGACCUCGGCACGCAGCCCGCCAAUGACCUCGAGGACAAGAAGGAUGGCAAGGUGGACAAGCAGGACACGCAGGACAAGGUCUGGUUCGACCACCUGCCCCGGCCCCGCUCCCCGAAGCUGCCCUUUGACGCACACGCGAACGCCAUCGAUCUGCGCGAGCGACUCGAGGCCGUCGACCCCGCCUUCGUCCGCGCGCGCUUGAGGCGCACGCACAACCUGGCCGUUUGGCGCAAGAAUGUUGAGGUUGAGGGGUAUGAGAACUUCCCGGGUGCUUGGCGCUUGGCGACUCGCAGUGAGGGGAUUCAGAUUCGGAAGAGGGAGCGAAGGGAGGAGCAGAAGGAGAAGGAGGAGAAGGAGAAGGAGGUGGCCAAGGGCGGCAGGAGGCGCAAGGCUCCUGUUACGCCCGUGCCCAGGAUCAAGCUUACUUUCAAGCGCGCCAAGCUUGUUUAG